AUGGGCAUGAGGGGACGUAUCACGAAGGCGAAGGAUGGACCGGGGCGGUGGGGGACAUCGUUCAUGAAAGCUGACAUGAUAGUGGCGCCUCUAACCAUUACGUCAUACCGGGAGGACGUCAUCGACUUCACCAAGCCUUAUAUGGAAUACGGCAUCGGUAUGCUAAUGAAGGUGCCUGACGCGCACGCGCACCACGACUACUGGGCGUUCCUGAAACCGUUUGAACUAGAGGUAUGGCUGACGGUGAUUGGCUGUCUGCUGGGCGUGGCCGUUCUCAUGGUCCUGCUAGCUGCAAUGCGCAGCGCGUUCACCAGGGGCGCUCUUAGCGACGAAGGCGUGAACUUGGGAACCACCGUAUGGCUCUCCGUCGGCUGGAUAACUGGAGACAUCGCGGUUCCUGGUGGGAUCUCCAUCCGGGUCCUCGCGCUGGCCUGGGGAAUCUUCACCCUCGUGGUGGUGAACACCUACACCGCCAACCUGGCCGCCUCGCUCACCGUCAAGUCCCUCCAGACGUCAAUCAACUCGCCAGACGAUCUGAUUGGUCAGACGGAAAUCGGAUACGGGAUAUUCGAAGACUCGGCUUUCCAGAGCUUCCUGGAACACCAGGCCGGUUUAGAGACGCUGUACGGAAAGCUGUGGAGAGAGAUACAGCUGCAGGAAGACGGGCUGCAGCGAAGCCUCCACGAGGCUGUGGACAGGGUGCGACAGGGGAACUACGUCUUCUUACACGACGGACCGUUUGUGGAGUACGAGGUCCUCCAUGACGAGGCAAACAAUUGUGAGUUGAUGAUGGUGGGGAACACUUUCCUCCACAGAAGUUACGCCAUCGGCUUGCCGCACGGCAGCCCCUACACAGAGGAACUCACUAUAAGCGCUCUUGAGAUGAAAGAGAGAGGAGAACUCGACGAGUUGAGAACAAAAUGGUGGCCGGCUUCUGGGUGUGACCUUCACGGGGGGUCAAACUCCGUCAGCAGCGCUGAAGGUCACGAGAUCGCCGAGUUCUACGGGAUCCUGAGCAUUCUGGGAAUGGGGGCGGGGUUGGCUUUGAUCGUGGCCGCGUGCGAGAUCGCCUGGUUCUACAUGGUGAGCGUAUUCUCCCCGCCUCCCUCUCUCUCCUUCUCUGUUUCUCUCCCUAUUAUAUCUUAA